CGCUCUGUUCAAAUAUAGUGGAAGUUUCAUGAAUGUUCCACAGCUUCCCAAAAUCAACUUGAUGAAGAUUUCGGGAGCCCAAGAGUGCUUUGUACCCAAGAAGGUGGUACAUAAAUUUCCUGGACAUGAUUCAGGUGUAUCAAAGGUUGAAUUCUUUCCAAAUUCUGGACAUUUGUUACUAUCUUGUGGAAAUGACAGUAUUGUACGUCUUUGGGACGUGUAUCAUAAAAAAGAGUUGAUUCGAGAGUACUAUGGCCAUUCUCAGGCUGUGAAAGACAUAGCCUUCAAUUUAUCUGGAGACAAGUUCUUGAGUUGUUCUUUUGACAAGAAGGUGAUACUUUGGGAUACUGAAACGGGUACUAUAUUGAAGACAAUAAAAGUGCAAGCAGUGCCUACUGUCUUGAAAUUCAACCCGAAUAAUGACAAUGAAUUUCUAGUAGGGCUAAUGAACAGUAAUAUAGAACACUAUGACAUUGAAGGAACCUCCCAUAACCUACUCCAAACUUAUGAUCACCAUGUGGGCUCCAUCAAUGCUUUGUGUGUUAUACAACAUGGAAAUAAGUUCUUAUCGCUGUCUGAUGACAAGUCUAUAAGAAUUUGGAGUUGGGGAAUAAAUAUUCCCGUCAAAACUGUAACACACCCAACACAAUAUGCUGUUUCUUCUGCUUUAUGUGUCCCACCCAGUGAGGAGUAUAUUGCUCUCCAAAAUAUGAACAAUGCGAUUCAGGUUAUAGAUGGGGAAGGAAAGUUCAAGUUUAAGAAAAAAGUGUUCAAGAAUGAAAACGUUACUGGAUACAAGAUCGAAAUUGAUAUCUCCCCCGAUGGAAAGAUUCUCGUUGCAGGGGAUUCGAAGGGAAAUAUUUUAUUGUGGGAUUGGAAUUCCGGGAAAGUGGUGAAAAAGCUAAACCUUUCCAAAAGGUUGAUCAGCACGGUGAAAUUUCAUCCACAAGAGCAGAGUAAAGUAGCAGCAGCCGGAACAGAUGGAGCAAUCUACUACUGUGAUUGAAUGUAUUUAAUGUAAUAUUAUAUAAUUAAUGACUGUGAAGCUAACAGAUAAUGCACUUCUCUUUUCUAUAUGCUUCUCUCAUUGACCUAGAUCGUUUAUAUGAAUUAUUGAUCUCAUCAUGAUUAUGUCUAUGAAGAAUGUGGUGAUGAUGGCGAGUGUCAAUUUUCGAUCGCUCAGGGUUUGAAUGUACAUCGGUGAUAGUCUCUAUAUGAGGUUCGGGGUUGGUUAAGCUCAUAUGAGAAACCAUACUUUCAAUUUCAUGGGUUUCCAACGGAGGACUCUUGGACUUGUUUUUGGACUUGAACCUCCACAUUGAGCCAGAAGGUGAGGGUGUCUCUUGAGACUUGGUAUCCACAGUUGGCGACUUUGUAUUGAUAGCUGAGGUUUCAGACUUUGUAUUGGUAGCCGAGGUUUCACUCCACUGACUGUUUUUACGAAAUGGGGCUGUAAAACUAGUUCGUCUAGUACUGACCUUAGAAAGAGAGUCUUCCUUGUAAUAGUCCAUAUUCAGAUCAGGUAUAUACCAGUAAUACCUAU